CCGUGCCCAGCAUCGAUUUUUCGUGGAAGGAGCCCAGAAAGGGCGGUGAUGGAGCACGGGGCCGCGAGCCCCCGGCCGCAGCAGCCGGCACCGGGGAGCUGAGCUGGAGCUGGGGGGAGCAUCGCCGCCGGCCGGGGCUCUGCUCAGCCAGGAAAAUCAAAGGGAGGAGGAAAAUCGAGGUGGAGGAGAGGAAGCGAGGAAGAAGAAGGGCCGAAGGGCUCGGGCGAAGCAGCCAUUAGGAAAGUGCUGAUGCAGAGGUUCACUUGUGUCUACGGGCAGAGUUGGAGGAGUUGCUGUUCACGGACAAAGGCGGUAGGAGGGAGUGGAGCUUUGUAGAAGCUGGAGCCUGUCUCGCUGGGUGUCUGCGUUUCAUUCCCUGUCAAACGGCUGGGGAAAAGCAGGGAAGCGCCGAGCUGCAGCGCUCGCUCAGGAUCAGAUAGCAAGGAAACCAAUAGCAGAGGGAAAAAAAAAAAAAAAAAAAAGAAAAAAGAAACAACAAACCACCGAGCAAGCAAGCAACCCACCCUCCACGCUGAGACUGAAGCAGGCAGGUCCCUGCCAACUACACAGCACGCAUCCAGCAGCGAAGAAGUCUUCCCUCCCCGGGCAGGAGCGGAGUUGAGCCCGAAGGAUAUUUGAUGACACUUUUGCAGCGAUGGGGCCCCCAGCAUCUUCCAGAGCCCAUUUGAGGGUGAAGCCUCUGAAAGCGCAGAGGGAGUUUGAAGCUAAAUUCACCUGAGUCUGGAUCUCUUGGCCGCUGGGAUUUAUCUAUUUUUUUUUUUUUCUCCAGGGAAACCAAACAAAAAAAACGUGUUUUGUUGUUUUUUUUUUUUUUUGGUUUUGUUUUUUUAAGCUCCCUCUUUUUUUUUUUUUUCUUUUGGAAGAAGAUCUUAAUUUUUUUUUUUUUUCGUGUGGUUGCAAUGGAAGGGUUGGGUCUGUGCCUACGAAGCAGCAGCCGAAUGCUGGUCCUAGGAGAAACCGGAGCGGAUGCGGGGUCCCUCGCCAGCUAACUCCGCAGGACCCGGGGCCGGGGGGCUCGAUGCAGUGAGAGAGCCUCUCACGGGAUCCGCGUGGUGACGUGGCCGCCAAGACGUGGAAGCUUGGGACUCUCUUCCACCACAACAGAAUUUGGGGGGUGGGCAGGGGUGGGCCAGGGGGACGCCAGGAGUCGUGAGACCCUUCAUCUUCACUGUGGGCUUGGCUCAGGGAUGACUGCAGGCAGAGUCAACCCCUACAGCAUUGUGUCCUCCGAGGAAGACGGGCUGAGGUUGACCACCAUGCCAGGAAUCAACGGCUUUGGCAAUGGGAAAAUCCACACCAGGAGGAAAUGUAGGAACAGGUUUGUAAAGAAGAACGGUCAGUGCAAUGUGGAGUUCACCAACAUGGAUGACAAGCCGCAGAGGUACAUCGCAGAUAUGUUCACCACCUGCGUUGACAUCCGUUGGAGGUAUAUGCUCUUGCUCUUCUCCCUGGCGUUUCUGGUGUCCUGGUUAUUGUUUGGGCUGAUUUUCUGGCUAAUUGCACUCAUUCAUGGAGAUUUAGAAAACCCAGGUGGAGACGAUACCUUCAAGCCUUGCGUUCUGCAGGUCAAUGGCUUUGUGGCUGCUUUUCUGUUCUCCAUUGAGACCCAAACGACUAUUGGUUACGGCUUCCGCUGCGUGACAGAGGAGUGCCCGCUUGCUGUCUUCAUGGUGGUUGUUCAGUCCAUCGUGGGGUGUAUAAUAGACUCUUUCAUGAUUGGUGCAAUAAUGGCAAAGAUGGCCAGGCCCAAAAAACGGGCCCAGACAUUACUUUUCAGCCAUAACGCGGUAGUGGCAAUGAGAGAUGGGAAACUCUGCCUGAUGUGGAGAGUUGGGAACCUCCGGAAAAGCCACAUAGUAGAAGCCCACGUACGAGCUCAGUUAAUUAAGCCCAGAAUCACAGAAGAAGGGGAGUACAUACCACUUGACCAAAUAGACAUCGACGUGGGGUUUGAUAAAGGCUUGGACCGUAUCUUCUUGGUGUCCCCCAUCACCAUUCUCCAUGAGAUCAAUGAAGACAGCCCGCUGUUCGGGAUCAGCCGCCAGGACUUAGAGACGGAUGACUUUGAGAUCGUCGUCAUCCUCGAAGGCAUGGUGGAAGCCACUGCGAUGACGACGCAAGCUCGGAGCUCCUACCUGGCUAGCGAGAUCCUGUGGGGCCACCGCUUCGAGCCCGUCUUGUUCGAGGAGAAAAACCAGUACAAAGUAGACUAUUCCCACUUCCACAAAACCUACGAGGUCCCGUCCACCCCCCGCUGCAGCGCCAAGGACUUGGUGGAGAACAAAUUCCUCCUGCCGAGCACCAACUCCUUCUGCUACGAGAACGAGCUGGCCUUCAUGAGCCGCGACGAGGAUGAGGAGGACGAUGACAGCAGGGGUUUGGAUGACCUGAGCCCGGACAACAGGCACGAGUUCGACCGGCUUCAAGCGACGAUAGCGUUGGAUCAGAGGUCGUACCGGAGGGAGUCGGAAAUAUGACUCUUGGUCCUCUCUCUGACUUUUCCAAGGGUAUUUUUUUCCUCCUCUAAUCUCUUCCCCUACAACCCGCUCAAAUUAUGCAGAACAAUGCAAGUGCCAUAGGAAUGCUUGAGAAAUUAGUAUUGUUCCUAGUUUUCAGUUUCAUCGCAAUAACCACUGAGCGGUCUGCAGGAGGAGACGGGGCAGGCACGGGCACUCCCCGCACCCUGGGGACGUGGAGGGGCCCCGGGCGUGUGCGUGCCCCGCACCAGCUGCAGGGCUGGGCUCUCCCCGCGGGGAAAGCGCGAGCGUUUUCUUGGAGCCGAGAUCCAAAAAGAGGAAAUAUCAGGAAACAAAUCUUUCUCUCUUUCUUUUCCUUUUCCUUUUUUUUUUUUUUUUUUUUAAACUGAGCAGCAACAACAAAAAAAUUGCUCCUUCCAGCAGGCAGUAUGAUUCAGUUGCACAAGAUCAACACUUGAAAUAACAUGCAAUGUUAACGUACUUCUUUUUAAUUUGGGGAAAAAAGGGAGGGGAGGGAGGUGAGAGGGUUUUUAAUUUUUUCAACAUAACAUUUGGGAGACUGUUUACCAAAAUAAUAAUGACAAUAACAAUAAUAAUAAUAAUAAUAAUAAACCUGAAAGGAGUGAUUCGGUAUUUUUUAAAAGUGAGCAAGGGAAUGAAUAAGUCACCAAGGUCCUUUGAGGGGUGACUUGCUGGGCAGAUGCAAGAGCUUGAAGCCAAGACGGCAUCCGAUUUUCGGGUGUGUUUUUUUUCCACUGGCAUGGCUUCAUAGGCAGAAAAUAGACGUAAGUGGCUGCAGGUCCGUGGCAGCAAAAGCGAGUAGCAUAAUUACUGGCAAAGUAGCUAAUAGGGAAAAGCCAGACUGCUAUAGAAAGAAUCUUUGUAAACACAAUAAUUAGCCAAUUUCUGGAAAUAUUGAUCUUCAGGGUGGAAAUUGGGUCUGGGGCAUCAGCUGCUGAAGUGCUGUGUCUCUGGUGGGGAAUUCAUAACUUUCACCAUAACUAGGAUGAAAUAAUGAAAAGCACAAAGGGCAGACUAGAAAGCUCUCAAAUUCAGGUAUUUCCCCACUUCACAAAAAAAAUUUAUAUUCUCCUUAGAAAACUCAUUUGAAAUGUGGAAAUCCAGGUGAAAUUUGCCUUGCUGGGUUGCAUUUCUUCUAGCCCAGAAGCAGGAUGAGAACUCUGCCCUGUCCGGGCACAGCAGUGCCUGUGCUGCCUCUGCUGGGCUGGGAUUUAUGAAUUCCCCAUUCACUGGAGAGUCCUGGUUCGGAGCCAGACGCUUUCCCAAAACCUAGAGAUGUCAGUCAGGAAACCCACCGUGUCCUGCGCAUCACCCUGUCCCCACGCCCCAGCCUCGAGGUGGAUCGUGCCUUAGAGAUGCAAACUCAUCCCGCGCCCAUCCUGCCCCGACCCCAUCGCUCUGCCCCGCGGCUGCACCCCCAUCCCACGGUCUGCUGCGUUUUGGGCUGCUCUUGACUGCUCGCUGGUUUGGUUUGCCAUUUGCUAUGCCACGAGGCGAACCACGCCGUGCAUGGGAAGCCUCUGCUCCCUUUGCACAGAGGGAGGUUGGGCAGCUGCAGCCUUCUGCUCCCUAUGUCCCAGUGCUGGUGCUCAUCGGUGCUCCCCGUGCUGCAGGAAAGGCUGGGGCACCCGCCGGCAUCCUGCACCCAACUCGGGUGGGUGCAGAAGGGCUGGGAGCAGGGUCCUCAGCAGCGUUUAGGCUCCAUGGGCUUGUGGCUCUUUUCUCCCCCCAGCCCACAACGGGGAAGCCGUGUCCAGGGGUUGUAACUCGGCGACAGAUGUCCAAAUAUCAGCAGCGCAGGCAGGGUCUGUCCUCUGCCACCAUCUCCAGCUUUUUGUCAAAGAGGAGCCGCUGCCCCCUGCCCACCCCUGCCGCACAGCCUCUCUCCAUCCAGAUGGGGUCGGGGGCUUGGUCCCCACAACAUUCCCUCCCCUCUCUGCUCCCACCUCCUAUCCCACAGCUUCACCCCCGCAGCCCCACACUGCCCACCCAGGGGCUGGGGUAUUUUUGGCUUCCCCUAACAAACAUCCGCGGGGAAAAACCAUCCCCUCCUCGGGCACCACUGGGAAAUAGCCCGCCGGUUUGGCGCCGAGUACCCCAAAUGGGCUGACCCCAAAUCUGGGGACGUGCCAUCAGGUGCUGGCAACAACGUUUGUGUUUCCAAGGCAGCGACCGUGGGCACCAUCCCAUUGCUGGUCCCUUUGCCCCUGGGGGGGAU